CUAACAAUCAGAGUGGCAUUGAGGAUGGGGAGGAGCCUAAGUCUGCAGCCCUUAGGGAAUUGCAAGAAGAAACUGGUGUAGUAUCAGCUGAGAUUAUUGCUGAGGUUCCUAACUGGUUGACAUAUGAUUUUCCUCCAGCUAUUAAGGCCAAAGUGAAUCGCCUUUGGGGAGGUUUCUUAUGCAAUUAACAAAUGAUGAAAGUGAGAUCAAUUUGGCAACUGGGGAAGUAGAUCAAGAAUUUGCUAAGUGGAAAUGGGCAAACCCUGAAGAAGUUAUAUAACAGGCAGUGGACUGCAAGAAGCCAACAUAUGAGGUAGUCAUGAGGACAUUCAGGCCCUACUUGGAUGAUGGUAAAGCUGCACAAUGUAAAUCGACAAAAUGGUAAAUGUCUUGGCCUGCUCUUGUAGGCAGAUGAAACAAGGAUCUUGUAUCCGAGGCACCAUUUUGCUUGCGUAGGGUCUUCUAAUCAUAUUGCCUGUCAAUUUUCUCCUUGCCAAUAUGGAUUUUUGGUAUAUUUUGAAUGAAAAUGAAAUUCGUUC